AUGCGCAACACCGUCCUCCCCAAAGUUUAUCGGAAUUACAAAACAGCCCCCGUACUCUUCCUCCCCACCUCUCGCCUACCGUUCGCGUCCUCCGCUCGAGGCCUAGCGCCGGAGCGCGCGCCUGAUCUCCCCGCCUCCUCCUCCCGGCCCCGCGGCCCCGGCUCCCCGGCCCACCUCACGAUCGGGGGACGAGGCGCGAGCAGGAGGGCGAGGGUGCGACGAGAUGCAGAGGGACCGAGGCGUCUCGGCGGCGGCUGGGGGCGCCGGCGAGAGGAAGCGGAUAGGCGAGGCGAUGGACAGGUCCUCCCCGUCGACGUCCUGGGGGUUCUCCGGAGGACGCGAGAGGGACCGGAUCGCCGCCGGGAAGCAGCCGGAGGUGCCCCGCUCCGGCGGCGGAUCCACCGCCAUGUCCAAGGGCAAGCUGUCCGAUGGAGAAUCGGACACUGACAGUGAAGAAUCAGACCUGAGUGGUUCUGAUGGAGAAGAUACAUCGUGGAUUUCAUGGUUCUGUAGCUUGCGGGGCAAUGAGUUCUUCUGUGAAGUUGAUGACGAUUACAUACAAGACGAUUUCAAUCUCUGUGGGCUAAGCGGUCAAGUUCCAUAUUAUGAAUAUGCUCUUGACCUUAUAUUGGAUGUCGAGUCUUCACAUGGUGAUAUGUUCACAGAAGAGCAGAAUGAACUUAUUGAAUCAGCUGCAGAGAUGCUUUAUGGAUUGAUUCAUGUUCGAUAUAUUCUAACAAGUAAAGGGUUGGCUGCAAUGUUGGAUAAAUACAAGAACUAUGACUUUGGCAGAUGUCCAAGAGUGCACUGUAGCGGCCAACCAUGCCUUCCAGUUGGCCAGUCGGACAUUCCUCGUUCUAGUAAUGUGAAAAUUUACUGCCCAAAGUGUGAAGAUCUCUACUAUCCGAGAUCCAAAUAUCAAAGCAACAUUGACGGGGCGUACUUUGGGACAACGUUUCCUCACUUGUUUCUGAUGACCUACCCACAUUUGAAGCCCCAGAAACCGUCACAGCAGUACGUCCCCAAGGUUUUUGGCUUCAAACUUCAUAAGCCAUAACAAGUUUGAAGACUGAAGGCGCAAAAGGUUCAUAGCGGAGUUGUCUGAUAUGUUGCGCUGCACAUCACUUCCAAACUGCCUGUCUGUGCGUGUGGCGCAGUUUAGCACUUAAUUCAGUUGGUGUACCCGUUGUGGCUUCACCAAAACCCACCCGACCCCGGUGGAUCUCCCUCGCCUGACGUUCUAAUUUCAUGCUUGUGGUUUGUUUAGUGUAGUAGGUUCAUAUCCUGUUCUUUAUACAUCUUAUAAUUAUAUUUGAGCUUGGCAGUUGCUAAAAGAAGGCAGUUUGUAACCGUGUUAUGUCUCUGCUGUGUAUUUUUCAUUUUUCUUUUACAUUAGGUUCCUUUGCCAAAAUAUGAUGGUAAUGAUAUUCUGAAACAUUUGAUCCGGCAA